CCCUCGUAUUUCCCUUUCCGGUGUAGGAAGUAAACGUGCCUAAAGGUGCUCUGUUCUUCAUCCGAAGCUAAGGUCCGCAAUCCGGCGACUAGCACCGUCAAAUUUAGGCAUCUGCCACUAUCACCAUAAAAACUAACUUCUACAAUGGCCUCCGUGUCUGAGCUCGCCUGCAUUUACUCUGCCCUGAUCCUCCACGACGAUGAAGUCACCGUCACCGAGGACAAGCUGAAUGCUCUGAUCAAGGCUGCUGGUGUCACUGUGGAGCCCUUCUGGCCCAGUCUUUUUGCCAAGGCUCUGUCCAGUGUGGACAUCGGCAGCCUGAUCUGCAACGUUGGCGCUGGAGGUGGUGCUCCCGCUGGGGCCCCUGCUGCUGGAGCUGCUCCCUCAGGUGGAGAAGCACCAGCUAAAGAGGAGGAGAAAAAGGAAGAAAAGAAGGAAGAGUCUGAGGAGUCCGACGAUGACAUGGGCUUUGGUCUCUUUGAUUAAAUCAGAUGUUUUUGUAAAAACACAAAUAAAAAAAAAUGCCCCAA